GCGGACGUCUGCACGGCGUGCAACUCGCCGCUGCUGCUGCACGGGGGCCGGUGCGUGGGCGAGUGCCCGGAGGGCACGUUCGCCGACCCGGACGCCCCGACGCCGGCCUGCCUCGCCUGCCACGCGAAGUGCAAGGCGUGCAGCGGGCCCGAAAGGGCCGACUGCAUCAGCCUCCGCUCGCCGGCCAGCCGGCGGCUGGCCCUCGGCCUGGGCCUGGGCAUCGGGCUGCUGGUGCUGGUGGUUUUGCUGGCGUUGGUGCUCCUGCUGCUGGUCCGCUUCCGCCGUCAGCGCGGCACGCGCAAGAUGGCCGACGACGAAGACAGCGAUGGUAUGUUGCCGGGCAUGGCCCCCAGAGCGGCCCCUCCGCGCCGCAUGUGA